CUGGCUACGGGUAUGCUAACGCACACACUUUAACACGAGAUGAUUACUUUAAAUUGUUAUCUUUAAACUUAAGCCUACACGUCACGUUUUCACUGUGUAUCAGACUAAGGAAAUGAUGUUCCUGAUCCUCGUAUGCGUUGUAGGAAUGGCGGCCGGGCAGACGCUGCCGCACGGUGCAGAUCUCAAGCAGCUGGUGGACGCAAGGUUCAGUCGGCUAGAUCACAGCCCCACUGACGGCGUUGUCACAGAGAACGAGUGGGACGUCCUCCUCACGCGCGAGGAUUUAAAUAACGACACGUGCGUGUCGCUGACGGAAUACGAGCAAGCGAGCCCGGCCAUGCCGACGACGAUGGCGACAACGAUGUUCCACCACUUCGAUCACGACGCUGACGGCUGUCUGAAGGUUUCCGACCUGAGCGCUGAAUUUCACCUGGUUGACCAUAACGGAGACAACAGCGUGAGCCUGCACGAGUGGGAGCAGUACUUCACGCACCUGAUCACCAAGCUGUUCGGUCAUGGCGCAGGUCAUGGUAACCCCGUAGGACGCUAAGGUUGCUGGUCACGUGUAUUUAUAUGAUUCAGUUGAUGUUAAAUGCGUAUGCUUUUGUAUGUGGCAAUACGUUUUGGAUGUAUAUUUCGUUCUCA